UUUUUUUUUCUAUUUCAGCGUCCUCAUACCAGAUUCUUUGUGCACCAGUAUCUCAGAUAUUUCUGGAGCCAUGAAGAACGUGCUUUCAAAUUGCUGGUUGGUUUAGAUAAAGGAACAAAGUGUUCUGAAUUUCACAGUGAAUUCCAUGGCUAUAGUGAAUUAGAGCAAAGGCAAAAACUGAAAAUAUUUGGCUGCAAUGAGAUUGUGGUGGAAGUGAAAUCCUAUUUCAAGCUGCUUGUGGAAGAGGUGCUGAAUCCCUUCUACAUCUUUCAACUGUUCAGUGUAAUACUAUGGAUGUGUGAUGAUUACUAUUACUACGCUGGCUGUAUCAUACUCAUAUCUGUGAUCUCCAUAGUUGUGUCUUUAUAUGAGACAAAAAAGCAAAGUAUAACCCUAAGAGACAUGGUAGCCUCCCAUGAAGUGAAUGUAAUGACAGUAUCUCGCGGAGAUGGAGUCUUUGAAGAGCUUCCAACCUCCAAACUUGUCCCUGGAGAUGUGGUUGUGAUCCCCCAACAUGGCUGUAUGAUGUCAUGUGAUGCUGUCCUCCUUGUUGGGAACUGUAUUGUCAAUGAGAGCAUGUUGACUGGUGAGAGUGUCCCAGUGACCAAGACUCCCCUUCCAAACCAAUCUGACUCAGAUGAAGUAUUCUCUCCUGAUGAUGUCCACAAGAGAUACACCCUUUUCUGUGGCACUCAGGUCAUCCAGACCAGAUACUACGGGGCAGGAAAAGUUACCGCUGUUGUGGUCAGAACAGGUUAUUCUACCACCAAAGGAGAGCUAGUGAGAGCAAUCCUCUUCCCCAAACCCAUGGACUUUAAAUUCUACCAAGACGCUAUCCGCUUUGUCCAAGUGCUGUUCCUGAUUGCAUCAAUUGGGAUGAUCUAUAAUAUUGCAACCUUUUUAAGCAGAGGGGAAAGUGCUCAGAGAAUUAUUCUUAGAACUUUAGACAUCGUGACAAUUUGCGUUCCUCCAGCUUUACCAGCAGCCAUGACAGUGGGCACAAUAUAUGCUCAGAAUCGCCUCAAGAAAGCAGGGAUAUUUUGCAUCAGUCCUCCAAGGAUAAACAUGUGUGGGAAGUUGAAAUGUAUCUGUUUUGAUAAGACUGGGACUUUGACUGAAGAUGGGCUGGAUCUGUUUGGUGUGGUGCCACUGCAGGAGAACAGGUUUCUCCAUGUAGUACAGCAUCCCACGGACUUGCCCAUUGGUCCAUUUCUGACCGCCAUGGCAACCUGUCACUCACUUACCAUGAUAGAAGGAGAACUGAAAGGAGAUCCACUUGACUUGAAGAUGUUUGAGUCUACAAACUGGCUCCUGGAAGAACCUGGGCAGGAUACCAGUAAAUUUGACAUUAUGGUGCCCACCAUUGUGAAACCUAUUACCAAAGAAAGUUACUACUCAGGAGAUACUGACAAGAUUGCUUUUGAAGUUGGGAUUGUGCGCCAGUUUGUUUUCACAUCAGCCUUACAGCGCAUGAGUGUGAUUACCAGAACUCUAGGGAAUACCCAGAUGGACUUGUACUGCAAGGGAGCACCAGAGAAAGUAGCAUCUCUCUGCAAGCAAGAAACUUUGCCAGAAGACUACAGUGAUGUACUUCAUCGGUUCACCAUGAAAGGGUUUCGUGUCAUUGCCCUGGGCUGGAGACAGUUGGACCCCAAACUGAACUGGCACCAUGCCAUGAGAGUGCAGAGGGAAAAUAUAGAGUGUGAGCUGACAUUCCUAGGUCUGAUAAUUAUGCAGAACAGUUUAAAACCAGAGACUACUCCUGUAAUAAGACAACUGAAGGCAGCUAACAUAAGGGUUGUGAUGGCCACAGGUGACAACAUGCACACAGCCAUAAGUGUUGCCAGGGAUUGUGCAAUGGUGGAUGAAGAAGAGAAGGUAAUUAUGGUGAAAGCCAGUCCUCCCAGCAAGAACAGUGAGGCAGUCAUCCACUGGGAAUAUGCUGAGGUCAACCUGGACAAUGAACUUACGGUAUCCACAGCCGAGGAAAGUGACGCAGUGAGUGAUCAUUACAAACUGCUUGGAAAUUCUUAUCACGCCUUGAACAUUGUAAGAGCUGAUGCAUACCACUUUGCUCUUGAUGGACGCUCUUUUGGGGUAGUAAGGCAAUAUUUUCCUGAACUCUUGCCGAAGAUCUGUGUAAAAGGUACAAUAUUUGCCAGAAUGUCUCCUGACCAAAAGGGUCAACUGAUAGAACAACUUCAAGACCUAGGAUAUGUUGUUGGAAUGUGUGGAGAUGGUGCUAAUGACUGUGGAGCUUUGAAAACUGCCCAUGCUGGCAUCUCCCUGUCAGAAGCAGAAGCCUCUGUGGCCUCUCCCUUCACCUCUAAGACGCCAAACAUUGAGUGUGUGCCCACUGUGAUAAGGUGA